AUGGCUGCCUCCAAGCUAAUCGAGCCGCUAUCAGGCACUGCCGUCCCCCGUUGGCAGCUCGCUCUGCUGGUCGGCGUGCCCAUCGUGUUCGGGGUGGGAGCCUUGUAUCUAUUGGAACGCAUGAGUCUUGUGGAUCAUGCCCGAGAGGCACAUCAAAAAGGCAUCAAAUACUUUAAUGCCGCCAAGUACCAGAACGCCAUCCACUGUUUCACAGAGGCCAUUGAAAUCUGCCCCACUGAAAAGAAGAGAGACCUGUCGGAGUUCUAUCACAACCGGGCGUGGGCGCAUGAGCAGCAGAUGAAAUGGACUGAGGUGGUGAGAGACUGCACAGAGGCAGUAACGCGCAACCCACAUUGCAUAAAAGCUUUCCUAAAGAGGGCCAAAGCUCAUGAGAAACUGGACAAUAAGAAAGAAUGCCUGGAGGAUAGCAUCGCUGUGUCUAUCAUGGAGGACUACCGGAACAUGGAGAUUAGGGAUCCAUUAAGAAAAAUAAUCAGACGGAUGGGAAAUGAGGCCCUAGACGAAUAUGAGAACCGAGAGUGGACGAUGCCUUCUCCUCAGUACAUCAAAUCCUACUUUGGUUGUUUCACCGAUGACAUCAUCUCGCAGCCGCUGCAGAAGGGCGAGAAGAAAGAUGAAGACGAGGACAAUGAGGGCGAGGCCUCCGAGGUCACAGCUAGUUCGGGCUACCUGAAAGCCAAGCACUACAUGGAAGAGGAGGAAUACGACAAAAUCAUCAGCGAAUGCACUAAGGAGGUGGACUCGGAGGGCCGCUACUUGGCUGAGGCGCUGCUCCUACGCGGCACUUUUCACCUGUUGACUGCCAACUUCGUGGCCGCUGAGGCCGACUUGGACCGCAUCAUCAAUAUGCAGGAAGCCAACGUCAAGCUGCGUGCCAACGCCCUCAUCAAGCGUGGGAGCCUGUACAACCAGACUAACGAACGCAUCCUUUCCAGACAGCACUUCAACAUGGCAGCAGAGAUCGACGCAUGCAAUCCCGAUGUGUACCAUCACAGGGGGCAGCUUAAGAUGGUGCUGGACCAGGCGUCAGGAGCUCUAGAAGACUUUGACAAAAGCAUCCUGCUCAGAUCUGACUUUGCUCUCACCCAGGCGCAGAGGUCCUUCGCUCUGUUCACACAAGAAUUCACCUGGCUCUUCCAAUCCAGAAAAGCAAUUCAACAAGCCCUGGAUGGAUUCAAGGACGUUAUCAAAAGGUUUCCCACUUGUGCAGAGGGCUACGCACUAUACGCUCAGGCUUUAACCAUGUGUAAACUGUUCGGAGAGGCAGACGAGAUGUACGACAAGUGUAUUGAACUGGAACCAGACAACGCCACCCAUUAUGUUUACAAAGGAUUAUUACAGCUCCGGUGGAAACGAGACCUGGACUGGGCAAGCAAGUCUGAGUUGUGCCUGGACCUCAUCAGAAAAGCCAUCGAAAUCGACAACAAAUGCGCCUUUGCUUACGAAUCAAUGGGAUGUGUCGAACUUCUAAGGGGUAAUUACGAUAAGGCAAUCGAAAUGUCCACCAAGGCUUUGGACUUGGCUAAAACGCCGAAUGACGUGGGCACCCAUUACACAAGGUGCGAAGCAGCGUACGCCCACAGAGAGGUAUUCAGGAAGUACGGCAUCAGGUAA